AGGUGGGGAGGAGGUUCUAGUUAUCUGUCUAUGGUUGAUGACUGACUACCUGCUGCUUAUGUCUGAAAUACUGGUUCGAUGCCCAGAACUGAAUGCUGUGCUCCAGCUGUGGCCUCACCGGUGCUGAAUAGAGAGGAAGAGCCACCUUCAUAGCUUACAUGUGAUUCCUCUGCUUAUACAACCCAAUACUGGAUUUACUUACUUUGGCAAGAUAGCUGCAUUGUGCACUGUAUUUAAUGUUACGUGUACUGUAACCCUGGGUCUUUCUCUGCAUUGCUGCCGUUAAACCCCCAAUCCUGCCAAUCUAAAACUCCUGCCUUUGUUUACCUGCCCCAACCCCCACCCCCAGACUCCCCCUUACAUUCAUCCACAAUGAAUGUCAUCUUUAUUCUCUCAUUUCCUUUCACUGUAAUCUUAAACUUUGGCAAAACUUUCCCUCUGUCUAUAAAUUGUCAGUUGUCAGCCAUCUGAUUUUUUCUCUCUGCUUUGGUAAUGGGACAUCUUUCAUGUCUUUCCUCUGGUUUUUUUCCUUUUGUAGUCAUUGAACACUUGGCACGGUGGAUUUACCAAGCAUUCACUUGGCAUUUCUUCCACAUCAGAUACCUUUGGACUCCUCUGAUCUGACCACCUGGUCAGGGUGUUUCAUGAACUUUGGUUCUUUUGUUCAGAUGUUCUUGACUUCUCCUGACCUCUAUCCCUAUAACUUCACUCAGGAUAUAGUCGUAUCUCACAGUUCUUGUCCCAGGGAGGAGACAGUAAUAUCAAUUUACCAUGAACAUUUCUAAUAAGGAAAGUGUUCUUCAUUAUGAAUAGAAUAGUCUUUAAUAACUUUAAGCAAAUUCUUUCCCUUCUGAGAUCUUACUUUUAAAAAAAAAACGCUAGAGCUAAAUGACUAUAAAUUUCUAAGAUGAGUGAGGUAAAGGAAGAAGGAAGGGAAACAAGGUUUUUGUGUCCAACAGGAAAUGGUUCUUCAUGGAAGCUAAGUUGAGGUUCUUGUUGGGUUUGGAACAGCUGUCUAAAAUGGGAUUCCAGAGCAUUAUCUUAAUCUAAGAUUUACAGUAGGUGUUUAGUUGGUUUAUUUAGGACUGUUGACACAGACACACAAUCACUUACUUGUAUGCUUUGGUUAAUCAUUUAGAGAGUGGAAAGUGUAACCUUUUCUGAUUUAUUAUGGAUAAGAAUUGGAAGGUCUCCGUAUGUCCUUUUUAUCCAUUUCUAAAGUCCCUCUAGUUUAUCUAAAUCCCAGUGUUUCUUAUAGCAGCAGCCAAGCUAAUGUUUUAAGUUCUUACUUUUUUUUUUUUCUGUGUUAGUUGAUAUAUGCUAUUUAAACAGCCUCUCCUUGGAUCUGAGGUCUCUACUGAACCCAGAAGAUACCUCUUUUGUAUAUUUAUGUCUUGAGAGAGUUAAAAUCAAAUUGGAAAUCUUAGCAUUAUUUCAAUACAUCAAAUUCCUAUCAUAUGGAUUUAGGAGUUACCAAACUUUUUUUUUUUUUUUACGGAGUUACCAAACAUUCUUAAUUCAGACCUCUAGUAGAUAUUUUACAUAUCAGCGUAUUAUACUAUUAAAGUGUAUUUCAAAAGUACACUACAAAGUAAGAGGUGGCAAGAUCUGUUAGGCUUUUUUGAUGAAAUAUAAAAUAUAUCAUCUGACUAUUCAUCCAUAUCUAGAACCCUUAGAUAUUGCUAGUUUCCUUAUUCAUAAUUACAUACACCAAGUGAAAUUUUAAGCUCAAUUUGGUGGUUUCAAAGAAAGUAAAUCUUUUCUGUGGUUUCCCUCCAUAUAUAGUGUCAAAGAUUGGUGGCUUUGCUUAUACCUGGAUCAUCCUAAGUGUGGCUCCUUCCUUCAAAGAAAUGUUCAUUUUAUUCCGUGACUUCUUAAAUAACCCUCAGUGACAGAUCUGAUCGGGCUCCUUUGUGUGCUGAAUGCCUUUCUCUAGGCAGCCAGUAAGUAGUGAGCAGUGGCGUGGUUUCCAUCUCCAUUUAUGGCCUUGGAAGGGUGAAAGGGACAUGGCUGGGACUCUCCAUUUACGGUCCUUGGAGGAGUUGAAAAGAGUGGUUGGGGUGUUCUUGGAGGCAGAAAGUAGACAUUGUGAGAUAAAAAUAAAUUGGCAGGAGAUGUUUGGAAUUCAAAUUCCAAUCCCUGCAAGGAGGGCAGAGGGCACUGGGAAGGGGAGUGUGUAGAAAGUCAAAUGAGAUCUGCUGCAGGCAUUUGUCUCCUUCCAUUGGAAGAGUUGCUCAUGACACGUUUCCCAGGUCCAUUUCUGAUUUGUUCUAGAAAGUUGUGUUAUGUGCUUGUGACUGUGCUUUACAAAGAGAAAGAAGGAAUACUUUUAAAGAGUGUAUCAGAAACCUCACUUCUCUAAGACAUCAUUUGAGACACCAGAAGAAAUCUCCAGAAAGGGAGAUUUGAAGCAAGUGCUUAUGUAGGGGAUAGGCUGGCUGGUUUUAGGAUGGGGUGACUCUAAUCACUGCUCUGUUUGUGUUGGAGGAUGAUCAUCAUAUGUGUCUUGUGUUUAUUAUUCCUUUUGCCCAUCUGGAUUUCUGGCCUCAAGGGACAGAGCUGCAAAGUAUUUGACAGAGUGUCUUCCUUAUUCAGAGUUGUUUUAGUUUGGAGAGAAUAGAUGACAUACUGGCUUAUGGAAAGUCAUCUCACAUUCAGGAGAAAUUCAUAGUCUGGCUAAUGUAUGUUAAUUAAGUCUGAGGAAAACUGGUUUGGCACAGUUGAGUUAGAAAGUAUUUGGAGCCACCAGAGAAAAAGGGUCUUGUCUGUCACGAAAAUUCUCAGCAUAAAACCCAGUAAAGUAGAAAGGAGGUUAGAAGGAACAAAAGGAGGCAGAGAUGGGACAGAGAACGAAUGUAACUAAACUAAAUUUGGAAUUAAGGCACAAGGACUGGGACUAAGUCCUUGAUUUAUCUUUUGAAAUAUCUUGUAAGAUAGCAUAAGAUGUACCAUUAAACUAAGGAAACUGGGCUAAUCAUCAGAAAUAUGUGUUAGAAGACCGUGAAGAAAGUUGAAGGGUUGCACAAGAUAAUAAAAUUAUCCAGGUUUUAUCUGUGGACUUGCAUAAUGAUGUUUAUUUGCUGUGUGCUACAAGGCAGAAAAAGAAGUGAAAUAAUGCCCUUCCACCUCACUCCCCCCCCGCCCCCGCCCCAAAGAGACUUUACUGUCUUCAUUUGUUGGUGUGUUUGGCUGGUAGUUUGAGUUGGUAGAAUAGUAUUAUCACUGGCUAAUUUUUAGGUGUAGGUAUUAGUGUAUUGUUUCUUGAUAAUUGAUGUUUGAGACUGGGAAUCUGUAGCAUUAUUGAUUUGAUCUCUUUUAAAUUUUAGCAACUUCCCCAAAGACAGAGUGAGGUAGUAAGGAAUAUGGACUAUGUAAGUAAUAUGUUUACCAGCUAAUUCAUUUAGGCGAUUGUUUUUACCCUGUAUUCCUUCUUAAUCAGGAGUAAGGAAGGUUAUAUUCUUUGCUUUGGGAAAUUCUUCUUUCUGUCCUCCCUCCCCUCACUUUUUCCAAAUUCUGGGCACAAUAGCAACUCUUUUCUUUCUGUGGCAGGUGUGCAUCCUAUUGGCUGGCUGGUAUUUCUUGUUUUCUUUUUUUCCCUUAUUCUUUUAAAAUGGGGGUGGGGGUAUAAAAAUAUGUGUAUGGGAUACAUGCAAUAAUGUUGUAAUGUUUCUUGUUGUUUAAUGGAUAAUUAAUUGCAAAAUGUUUGAAUUAUAACAUGUUUGAGUAAAUGCUAAAUUAGUAUUUUUUUCUAAUAUAAUAAUGAAUUUAAAAUCUAGCAUUCCUGUAACAAUGUGUCUAUGUUUGUCUGUCUGUGUCUGUCUAAUAGUAAUUAAUAUCUGUGGUCCGUACCUGGAUGAGGAAGUACAGCUUUAAAGGAAUAACAAAAGACUUUGUGUCUUAGACCCUUCGCAGGUGUUACAGUCGGGUGAAAGAACAUGGUGUUGGGAAAAGAAAGAGCAGUUACACAUUUGAACAGUUGGAACAGGUGUUUGGUCAGGGAGGAUGGGAUGCUCAGCCCUGCCAGCCUGUACUUAUUAACAGUAGUGGCUUGUACCAGGAGCUGGAGUCAGAUGGCAGCACUAUGGAGGAGUAUUCACAGGAGGACUGGGGAAACCACAGUCAGGAUCUCCAUGGCUAUCCAACAGAUCAGGAAUUGGAUGAAAUACCUGUCACAAAGAGAACAUUAAAAAUAAAACAAGAGUCUUCUGAAGAAGCACAGAAAAGAGACAUCAUGCAGAAUAUUGUACAGAUUUUGGAAUCAGUACAGUUGAAAUGGGAACUGUUUCAGAGCUGGACAGACUUUUCAAGGCUUCAUCUUUCUAAUAAACUGGCCAUUUUUGGAAUUGGUUAUAACACCCGUUGGAAAGAGGAUAUCCGUUACCAUUAUGCUGAGAUCAGCUCCCAGGUGCCCCUUGGCAAGCGCCUCAGGGAGUACUUCAAUUCUGAGAAGCCCGAGGGACGGAUCAUCAUGACCCGAGUGCAGAAAAUGAACUGGAAAAAUGUUUACUACAAAUUUCUGGAGAUCACUAUCAGUGAAGCGAGGUGCCUGGAGCUGCACAUGGAAAUUGACUGGAUACCCAUUGCCCACUCCAAGCCAACUGGUGGGAACGUUGUUCAGUAUUUAUUGCCAGGGGGCAUUCCCAAAAGCCCAGGCCUUUAUGCCAUUGGCUACGAAGAGUGUGUUGAGAGGCCCCCCUCACCCCACAUGGAGCGACGUUCGCUGGACCCAGGAAAGGAGGGCCGGGCUGACUUGGAAACGCUUUCAGCACAAGCCUCACUACAGGUGGAGAUAGAACCCACCCGAAUUAUCUAUUGCUACCUCGGCAUCGCUGAGGUCAGGACUCUGCAGCAAUGCUUAUUUUUACACUUCCAAGCAAAUACCAAAACCUUCAGCAAAGAUUGGGUUGGUAUUAAUGGGUUUUUGUCUCAGAACUGUAUUGUGGAUCCUGGAGUUUCCCCCAAAUCCAUCUAUAUCAAAUUUGUAGAAGUCGAGAGGGAUUUUCUUUCCGCUGGCUCUUUAGUUGAGUGCCUGGAAAAAGCCAUUGGCUACCCCUUAAAAUUUAACAACUGAAUGUCAUCCUUCAUAAGGAUUUGGGCUCUUAGCUCUCUCUUCUCUACCCACGUCCUGUUACCCAGACUGUCCCUCAUCCAGAUGCUGCCAUCAGACUCUUCAUGGAAACUCUUUCCACGAUCGGGCCAGUACAACUAAGAAAUCAUAGUAGUCUUUGGGCAGGAAGAACAGACCUCACCUGAAAAUGCUCAUUUUGAGCAAGCAAGGUGCACAGCAGACUUGCAUGGUGGGUCAGUUGUUUCUUUUUUAAAAACAGAGAACAAUUUUUAAAUGGAUUUUAGAGCCCUGAUGUAAACAAAUGUAGGUACAUUCCAUAUUGGACAAAACUUAUACUUUGAGUUUCAUAUGAAAUUGAAAAAUUGUAUUUUUUUCACGAUGUUUCAUUUUUACACAUCUCUAUGUCUCUAUAUAAGUAUUAUUUACAACCUUGAAUAAAUAAGCAAUAGAUAAUGGCAAGUUAAAUAUUGAGUCACAGUAAAUAAGACUGUUUUUCAAUAUUACCCUUAGCUACUGUUGUAUAUAAUUUAGAGUUUCAUUUUUUUUCACCAACCAAGUGUUUUGCUAUUCCCAAUCAGUGUUGCCUGCAAAGACCUUUGUUUCUGUGAUGUACCAACUUUAUGGUUGUGUUGCCAUUUAAACUUUUUAAAAAAAAAAAAAUUAAAGUAAUUCCUGGCC